UGGUAUAUGGUUUUUUCACUAUAAGAGUUGCAUUGAGCAGCAAGAAAAGGAGAUAAGAACAAAGAGAAGAAAAGCUAGAUGAGUUUUCUGGAACAAUUGAAGGUGGCAUCUGCCCCAAUUAUUCAAGUCCUACUUAUAAGUGCAGUUGGAGCUUAUAUGGCAACUGAGCAUGGUAAUAAUCUUCUUGCAGCGGACUUUCGAAAAUCGUUGAACAAGAUUGUUUUCACUGCAUUCACUCCUGCACUUAUAUUUGCCAGUUUUGCAAAGAGUGUUUCUCUUGAUGAUAUGAUAUCAUGGUGGUUUAUGCCAGUUAACAUCGGACUCACCUUCUUAUUUGGAGGGAUCCUUGGAUGGAUAAUUGUUAAGUUGCUAAAGCCAAACAUGAAAGUGGAAGGUCUUAUUAUUGCUUCUUGUUCAUCAGGAAAUAUGGGGAACCUUCCAGUUGUAAUCAUUCCUGCAAUCUGUAACCAGAAAGUUACUCCAUUUGGUACACACGAUGCUUGCCGCACUAGAGCACUCUCGUACUCUUUUUUCUCUUUGGCGCUUGGUGGUAUUUACAUUUGGACUUUCACUUACCAACUGAUUCGACAAAGUUCGGUGAAAUAUAAGGCAUUUAAGGCUGCUGAACUCUUAAAGAUUGCCAAUACAGACCUUGAUACUAAUGCAGAAACUCAACUUCUCAAGGGAAAUGACAAUGUUGGAGACACUGAGAACCAAAUACUUGUAGACCAGGCUCUGUCCACUGUACCAAAUAGCAAGUCUUUUAUGUGUAGAAUGGUGGAAACUUCAAGCCAUGUUCUGAAAGAAAUAAUGUCACCUCCAACAAUUGCUACUUAUUUAGGUUUCCUCUUUGGUGGAGUCAAAACUCUAAGGAACCUAAUAAUUGGACAAGAUGCUCCACUAAAAGUGAUUCAAGACUCCAUUCAGUUGCUAGGGGAUGGGACAAUUCCUUGCAUCACCCUUUUGCUAGGUGGCAACCUUACACAAGGAAUGCGAUCAUCAAGUAUCAAACCAUUGGUCCUCAUUAGUAUCAUCAUUGUUAAACUUUUCUUACUACCUGUUAUUGGAUUUUUUGUUGUUAAAGCUGCUGCAAAUUUAGGCUUCCUCCCACUAGACCCUUUGUUUCAGUAUGUGUUGAUAAUACAGUAUGUCCUGCCACCUGCAAUGAAUAUUAGUACCAUGACUCAGCUGUUUGAUGUAGGCACAGAAGAGUUUUCAGUUAUUCUUUUGUGGUCUUAUGGUGCUGCAGCUAUAGCACUCACUCUUUGGUCAACAUUCCUCCUAUGGUCAUUAUCUUAAGAUGGUUUUGUCUAAUAAGUUGUCCUAACAAAUGUACAGAAACACCAAUGUAAUAGUUGUGUACAGCAAAUUCCCUUCACCUCUUCCCGGACCAGUUCAACGGGAAGAAUAGUAAACCUUUGCUUUAGGCGUCUUACUUUUCUUAUGAACCAAUAGUUGUCAAGGGACCUAAAAUACAUGUGGUAUACAAUUUUGCUUUUAGAUGCAGGAUUUCAAUGUUCACUUGUCGUUUCAAAAAAGAAAUGUCAAACCUGUUUGAUGUUGCUUGUUAACCUCUUUAUAGCUAAUAAUCGUUUCAUUUAGUUUUGGAAAGAUAGGUUUUGAUUCGGAUAAAUUAUGGUGCAUUUUGCGUUCAUCACUGGACAAGUUGUAACUAAUCACGAAAUGGUGCACAAUGUCUCCGUAAGUAUACUUUAGAAUCUGUAUAUUUUGUCUAACUUAUACAUGAAUGGGAUUUUGAAAGAAGUGUCCGGAUCCCGUCCAAAAAUAUGCUUUGGAGAUGCGUCAUUUUGUCAAAAGAUAUAAAAAUUGGAGAUUUAAGAACAUAGGGGUGGGAAAAUAUUUUGAUGAUAAUAGUAAGCAAACUUGGUAAUCCAACACCAACAAUAAUAACAAAAACUGGAUGAUUAUCUAUAACAAAACUCUCAUGUUUCUUAAAUAAUUGUAAAUUUCCUAUUAAUUAAAACAGUUAUGCAAAUCUCUCAAGUGCAAGAUGGCUACCAUAUUUAAGCCAACGUGUAUCAUUUUGAUAAAGUUGUUCACACUAACUCUAUAUAUCAAAAUGGAUAAUU